GCACUCGGCUGCGCGUUGCGCUCCGGGUGCACGGUCGCGCCGGCAGUGGCUCAGGCUCCGGCUCCUCUCCCGCUGCAGCAGCAGCGCUGCUGGCCCCACUGGGCUCGGAUCCAGCCCCGGCCCCCUCGGCACCGCUCGCCCUGGCCCCGGCCCCAGCCCCCCGGACCAUGCGCUGGGCGCCCACCGGGGAACCCCACCCGGCCAAGGGCCCGCAAAGACGAGGCUCCCGGGCCGGGACCCCUCCGGCCGCCCAGCUCUCGGCCGGCGCCCUGUCCCGCGUCCCGGAGCCGCGUGAGCCUGCGGGGCCAUGGAGCGCGCGCCGCCCGACGGGCCGCUGAACGCUUCGGGGGCGCUGGCGGGCGAGGCGGCGGCGGCGGGCGGGGCGCGCGGCUUCUCGGCAGCCUGGACCGCGGUGCUGGCCGCGCUCAUGGCGCUGCUCAUCGUGGCCACGGUGCUGGGCAACGCGCUGGUCAUGCUCGCCUUCGUGGCCGACUCGAGCCUCCGCACUCAGAACAACUUCUUCCUGCUCAACCUCGCCAUCUCCGACUUCCUCGUGGGUGCCUUCUGCAUCCCACUGUAUGUGCCCUAUGUGCUGACGGGCCGCUGGACCUUCGGUCGGGGCCUCUGCAAGCUGUGGCUGGUGGUGGACUACCUGCUGUGCACCUCCUCCGCCUUCAACAUCGUGCUCAUCAGCUAUGACCGCUUCCUGUCGGUCACCCGAGCCGUCUCAUACCGGGCCCAGCAGGGCAACACACGGCGAGCGGUGCGGAAGAUGCUGCUGGUGUGGGUGCUGGCCUUCCUGCUGUACGGGCCGGCCAUCCUGAGCUGGGAGUACCUUUCCGGGGGCAGCUCCAUCCCCGAGGGCCACUGCUACGCUGAGUUCUUCUACAACUGGUACUUCCUCAUCACGGCCUCCACCCUGGAGUUCUUCACGCCCUUCCUCAGCGUCACCUUCUUUAAUCUCAGCAUCUACCUGAACAUCCAGAGGCGCACCCGUCUCCGGCUGGAUGGGGCUCGAGAGGCAGGUGGCCCCGAGCCCCCGCCUGAGGCCCAGCCCUCGCCACCCCCACCGCCUGGCUGCUGGGGCUGCUGGCAGAAGGGGCACGGGGAGGCCAUGCCGCUGCAUCGGUACGGGGUGGGUGAGGCGGCCGCGGGCGCUGAGGCUGGGGAGGCAGCCCUCCGGGGUGGCGGUGGGGGCGGCUCCGCGGCCUCACCCACCUCCAGCUCUGGCAGCUCCUCGAGGGGCACCGAGAGGCCGCGCUCACUCAAGAGGGGCUCCAAGCCGUCGGCAUCCUCGGCCUCGCUGGAGAAGCGCAUGAAGAUGGUGUCCCAGAGCUUCACCCAGCGCUUCCGGCUGUCUCGAGACAGGAAAGUGGCCAAGUCGCUGGCCGUCAUCGUGAGCAUCUUUGGGCUCUGCUGGGCCCCGUACACGCUGCUGAUGAUCAUCCGGGCCGCCUGCCACGGCCACUGCGUCCCUGACUACUGGUACGAAACAUCCUUCUGGCUCCUGUGGGCCAACUCGGCAGUCAACCCUGUCCUCUACCCGCUGUGCCAUCACAGCUUCCGCCGAGCCUUCACUAAGCUGCUCUGCCCCCAGAAGCUCAAAAUCCAGCCCCACAGCUCCCUGGAGCAGUGCUGGAAGUGAGCGGCCUGCCAGAGCCUCCCUCAGCCAUGCCCCUCUCAGCCCAGGUCUCCUGGGCAGCUGGCCCCGCUGCCCCCCACCUGGCUCGUUCCCCCAGGGGUGAGCCCCGCUGUGUCUGUGGCCCUCUCUUAAUGCCACGGCAGCCUCUCUUGGGCCACCCGCCCCGGUAUGGAGGCACCUUCCUGGAUUGGCCAGAGGGCCCCUCACUGGCUAGACUGGAGGCUGGGUGGCCGGCCCUGCCCCCAACACUCUGGCUCCACCGGGAGGGACAGUCUGGAGGUCUCAGACGUGCUGCCCACCCCCCGCCAGUGUCCACCCUUCACAGUUACUGGUGUUCUUCCCAAAGCAAGCGCCUGGGUGUGCCCCAGGCCUCCUGCCCUAGCAGUUUGCUCUGCACGUGCACACACCUGCACACUGUCCCUCUCCCCGGACAAGCCCAGGACACUGCCUUUGCUGCCUUCUGUCUCCUGCAUAAGCCUCGGGCCUGGCCCUUUCACCUGUCUUCCCACCAACUCUCUCUGCCCCCAAAAGUGUCAAGAGGCCCUGGGAACCUCGAAGCUGUUCUCUGCUUUUCCAUUCUGGGUGUUUUCAGAAAGAUGAAGAAGAAAACAUGUCUGUGAACUUGAUGUUCCUGGGAUGUUUAAUCAAGAGAGACAAAAUUGCUGAGGAGCUCAGGGCUGGAUUGGCAGGUGUGGGCUCCCACGCCCUCCUCCCUCUGCUAAGGCUUCCGGCUGAGCUGUGCCAGCUGCUUCUGCCCACCCCGCCUUUGGGCUCAUGCUGGCCCUGGCGGCCAAGCCUGCCCUGGCCACUCCGUUUGCUCGGCCAGGACCUCUGGGGGUUGUUGGGAGGAGGGGGCCCGGCUGGGCCUGAGGGUCCCAAGGCGUGCAGGGGUGGUCCAGAGGAGGUGCCCAGGCAGGGGCCGCUUUGCCACGUCCUGUGCACCCGUGCCACGCGCUCUGCAUGCUCCUCUGCCUGUGCCCGCUGCGCUGCCCUGCAAACUGUGAGGUCACAAUAAAGUGUAUUUUUUUA